GUUCAGCUACAGCAAAGCAAAUCCAGAGAAGUAGAGGAAAGAGGAAAAACAAGACUACAUACUUGGAGCUCUGAACUCCACUGCUUUAUCUUUGAUGGAAAGAUUUUCUCCCAAGUCAGCCACGUAACAGAAGUUCCUUCAUCAAAGUCUUCGAGAAAGCAACUUUACAUCAGAAAAAAAUCAGAGAUUCCAGUUUUCAUGACUCUAAAUCAUGCUGGGAAAGAAACUGGUGACCGCGCAGAAGCGGGGGGAGACGAGAGCCCUGUGCCUGGGCCUAGGAAUGGUCGCGUGCUCCAUGAUGAUGUACUUCUUCAUUGGGAUCACCAUCGUGCCAUCCUACACUACAAGCGUCUGGACAACAGAAACAGUGUGCAAGGUGCUCAAAGCCACCAUCAAGGACAAAGCCCAUUGCUCGCAAAGCGAAGACUCUGAGGAUGAGAACGUCUUUCAUUACCCUUGUCUACAGGUGUGGGUUAAUCUGACAGCCUCAGGACAAGAGGUUAUGCUGUAUCAGACUGAAGAUACACUGGAAAGAAAUCCUAAGUGUUCCUAUGUCCCAGGCAAAUCCGAGAACCCUAAAGAAGUAAAAACGCGAAUAGAAACAAUUGCAAACAACUUCAGAAGGUAUCAGACCUUCCCAUGCUACUACGACCCAGGAGGAACACAGACAAAUGUCAUUUUAAGCAGACUUUAUCCCCCCAAAGGCCUCCUCUUUGCUUUCCUCUGGCCUACGCUCUUGUUUACUGGUGGAUGUCUGAUUAUCGUCCUGGUAAAAAUCAGUCAGUACGUUUCUGUUCUUUCUGCUUGGCAAUACAAAAUAAAUAUCUAGCACAGAUGGUCACAAGAUACUAAA